AUGGCGUCAAAAAGAAUACUGAAGGAGCUCAAGGAAUUGCAAAGAGAUCCUCCAGCUUCAUGCAGUGCACAAAAUCGCAUUGCAGCUAAUCUCCAUUGUUGUCCAGUGGGUGAAAAUAUGUUUCAUUGGCAGGCAACCAUUAUAGGUCCAAAUGAUAGUCCAUAUGCUGGUGGUGUUUUCCUUGUGACCAUCCAUUUCCCUCCUGAUUACCCAUUUAAACCUCCCAAGAUUGCCUUCAGAGCCAAGGUUUUCCAUCCCAACAUAAACACUAAUGGCAAUAUCUGUUUAGACAUUCUCAAAGAACAAUGGAGUCCUGCACUCACCAUAUCCAAGGUUUUACUGUCAAUAUGUUCACUGCUAACCGACCCAAACCCUGAUGAUCCUCUUGUACCGGAGAUUGCUCGUAUGUGCAAAGCUGACAAAUUCAAGUAUGAAUCUACUGCUCGGAGCUGGACCCAUAAAUAGGCCAUGGGCUGAACUAGGUUAAAAUAUGCCCUCAGUCCCUGUACUUUUCAUUAUUUUGAAAUUUAGUCCAUCUGGGUUUAUUUCUAAAAUUAUAGUCCCUUUGA